AUGUACGUCUAUAUCAUCUCUCCAAACCACCUCGAUAUUAACACGCCAAUCAAUCACUGCUUCUUGCCAGCCGUCCGUCCACCACUCGCUUGUCGAAAUGGCCGCCACCGUCCUUGCCAUGUCCAUCGCCUCGCCAGCGACUCCCGUCCCCGCAGUUCGCAGGAACUUCGCGCUCCGUCUUCGUCGGGCGAGCCACGUCUGUUGCCUCGGCUCCUCCUCCGCCUCGCCCUCUUCGACUCACUCGAAGUCUCACGGCGAAAGCAUCACCAAGAUCGCCGCCGAUCCCGGCGGUAAUGUUGUCGUCCGUAUCGCGCCGGCCAGCGAGUCCACGAUCGAAAGGGUGAUUUUUGAUUUCCGCUUCUUGGCCUUACUAGCUGUUGGAGGUUCACUUGCUGGCUCAGUACUAUGCUUUUUGAAUGGUUGUGUUUACAUAGUUGAUGCCUACAAAGUAUACUGGUCAAGCUGUGUUAAAGGGGUUCAUACUGGCCAGAUGGUACUCCGAUUAGUUGAGGCAAUUGAUGUCUACCUAGCUGGAACUGUCAUGUUGAUAUUUGGUAUGGGUUUAUAUGGACUUUUUAUCAGCAACGUACCCCCUGGAAUACCUUCUGGUAUUGAUCGUGCUCUAAAGGGAUCUUCUUUGUUUGGGAUGUUUGCUCUAAAGGAGCGGCCGAAGUGGAUGCAGAUCAGUUCACUUGACGAGUUGAAAACAAAGGUUGGGCAUGUCAUAGUCAUGAUUCUUCUGGUGAAGAUGUUCGAAAGGAGCAAAAUGGUAACCAUAGCUACGGGCCAGGAUCUUCUAAGUUACUCGAUAUGCAUAUUCUUGUCAUCGGCAUCCUUGUACAUUUUGCACAAUCUUCAUAGGCCCGAGUGAGGAUGAUUUUGAAUCCUACGAACAUGAAACCUAAAUCUUCCAUCUAUGUAUCAAGAUAUUCCAACAAAUGUGUGUUGCCAGCAAAAGUGUGUCAUCACCAUACAAUCAUUUAGAAAUGGUACAUGCAUAAUUAUGGUGGAGCAAAUCUUAAUCUGGUUUCAGUCUGGUA